UCCUGAGGAGGAGGGAAGAUGGCGACCUCAAACAAUCCGCGGAAAUUCAGUGAGAAAAUCGCCCUGCACAACCAGAAACAGGCAGAGGAGACGGCUGCCUUUGAGGAGGUGAUGAAGGAUUUGAGCAUCACCCGGGCUGCACGGUUACAGCUUCAGAAGACACAAUAUUUGCAGUUGGGACAGAGCCGUGGUCAAUACUAUGGAGGGUCUCUGCCAAACGUCAAUCAGAUUGGGAACAGUGCCAUUGAUCUGCCUUUUCAGACUCCUUUUCAGGCUUCUGGUUUAGACACAAAUAGAACGACUCGGCAUCAUGGGCUAGUGGACAGAGUUUACCGGGAAAGAAAUCGCCUCGGAUCACCUCAUAGACGGCCUUUGUCAGUGGAUAAACAUGGACGACAAGUAGACAGCUGUCCAUAUGGAACUGUGUAUUUAUCACCUCCGCCUGAUACUAGCUGGAGACGGACGAAUUCAGAUUCUGCAUUACAUCAAAGUACAAUGAACCCAAGUCAGCAAGAAACUUUCUCUGGGAGCUCACAGGACAUGCAACAGAAACGAGUUUUAUUGUUAACUGUUCCUGGAAUGGAUGAGGAUAAUUCAGAAGCUGAUAAAGCCCUCGGCAAACAAGGAUGGGAUACAAAAAAGACGGGACCUUCAAGACCUAAAUCAUGUGAAGUUCCUGGAAUAAACAUUUAUCCAUCAGGUGACCAGGAGAACAAUUCGGGUCUUAUUCCUGCUGCACAUAACACAGGGGGUUCAUUGCCUGACCUGACCAACAUCCACUUCCCUUCUCCGUUACCAAUUCCAUUAGAUCCUGAGGAGUCGUCUUUUCCAACUCUAAAUAACUCUAACAGCACAGGCAAUUUAUCUCACCUGGGCAUGAACAACACAAGUCAAGGAAUAACACAAGGUACAGUCACAGUGUCGCCAUCUCAUCGGCAGUCAUCUGUUAGUCCACUUUCAUUAAAUUCUGAUUCCAGAAGGCAACAGUCGCAACAAAUGUCUCCUACUAUGUCACCCCUCUCACCUAUUUCUCAGGCUGUAGCAAUGGAUGCAAUGUCUUUGGAUCAGCAGCUACCCCCAUACACCUUUUUCACACAGCCAAGUUCUGCACAGCAGUCUCAAGUGCCAAGUGGCCUCUCUCAAUCUCCCUCAUUAAUUCAGAGUUCUGGUUUACAAAGGGGUGCCCAGCUCCCUCCUCUCACGGUCACUAUAUCAACUACUGUCCCACAGUCCCCUCCAGGAAUCCAAACUCCAACGUCUCUGGCAAUAGACAUUAAUUCGCAUUCAAUUUUAGGUAGCGUGUUUGGAGAUUAUUAUGACCAGCAAAUGACAGCACGGCAGACAAAUGCUCUGUCUCACCAGCUUGAACAAUUUAACAUGAUUGAAAAUGCAAUUAGUUCCAACAGCCUUUACAGCCCUUGUUCAACACUCAACUAUUCUCAGGCAGCUAUGAUGGGAUUAACAAGCAGCCACAGCAGUUUACAAGACUCCCAGCAUUUAAACUACUCCAGUCACAGUAACAUCCCCAAUAUUAUCCUCACAGUAACAGGAGAAUCUCCUCCAAGUUUAUCAAAAGAACUGACCAAUUCAUUGGCAGGUGUUGGAGAUGUAAGUUUUGAUUCAGAUUCACAAUUUCCCUUGGAUGAACUUAAAAUUGACCCUUUAACGUUGGAUGGACUGCACAUGCUUAAUGACCCAGACAUGGUCCUGGCGGACCCAGCCACAGAGGACACUUUCAGAAUGGAUCGACUGUAGAGUAUUUACUUCAUGCAGGAAAUAUUAUGCUGCCCCUUUUCCAGAACUGAGCAGAGAAGGUCAGUGGGCUUGUCAUGUUGAAGACAACCACUGAUGUGUUGCUCUGUGAUGUAUGAGUAAAACCCUGCUGUCCUAAGCUUGCAAUGCUACAGAUCCCUCAUUGUGCGCUGUGUUUUAACUUGUGUAAUCCACAUCAUUGCAGCCUAAUGAAGAAGGAUAAUAAAUCUGCCCCUUUCAAAUCCACCAAAGUUCUUAUGUAUGGUUAAGACUUGCCCAUUAUGAAUUUGCACUAGAGGUGUUUCAACCUGGUUUCGAAAAGGAGGCUUGAAGUUUCUGAUUGAUAGCAAGUCAUCCGCCUUACUACAACCUGUAUUCAUUUAUGCUGCAGAAUAAAUUUAAACGUGUUCAGCAAAAUUCUGGAAGGACACAAUCUUACAAGAAGUAAUCAUGGAUAAUUGUUUUCUUACUGUUCAGAGCUCUUUUGUUAUGUAAAUUUUCCCAAACAAGGACAGCUUUGACCAAGAUUCAUUAGGCCAUCUUGUCAUAGAAAGACCUUUCAAAAACUUUGUUUUAGAAAAGCCACCUGAGAAUGGAGGUACAUGUCAAAUGGAGACACAAUGGAACGUUAUUUUCAAAGAAGAAUCUUAUGCAGUGACGUUAUUUAACCUCUUAAGGACAAAUGACGGAAUUUUUCCGUCAUAAAACAAUUGAGCAAACUGUAAGUUGUGUCCUUAAAGGGUUAAACCCAUUAGUGACUGAGCUAAAAAGCUUAGCCUUAUUUUUAUUUUGAACGGCAUUUUGAUGGUUUGUUGUCCUGGUUAACAUACUGGUUAGCAAUUAAUGAAUACUUAAGUACUGAUUGAUAUAUAUAUAUAUAUAUAUAUAUAUAUAUAUAUACAUAUAUAUAUGUUUAUUUUGGGUAUGAUUUUUUUCUUAUACAGGUCAUUUUCAGGCUAACAAUUUUCAAACUGGAAUUUUAAAAUGUCAAAAGGGAAUUAUAUUUUAAAUUGGAAAAUUUAGUAGGGGGCAUUUUCCUUUUAAUCCAUGUGUUCGUCUUGGUUUUAAUUAUUGAAAUUAAAUUGCUACCCUUCAUCAUAAUGUGUUCUCACACAGUUGUGAUUAAUAUAGUCUCACGUGAGAGAAUAUGUAAUCAGUGUAUCCAUGAAAUUGCUAUUAACCAUAUCUCUGUAGAACACACACACGCUUUUUAGGUUUUUAUGUAUGGUAAUAACGCUGAUACUUAGGUGCUUUCCUGAGGUCAAAAAGCACUUUUGUGAACCUUGUUGGGCUUGUAAAGCACUGUAUGAAAUUUGCCUUUUUUAUGCAGUGAUUAGAGGCUUGAUUUAUGUCAGGCUAAACUUACUAAGGGAUGUAUAUCAUUGAUCAUCAUCAUGACUCUUCCGCAAAUGUACCUUUAGAUUAUUCUUAAAGCCUGACUUUACUGUGUUCCUUCUAAAUUUGACAACUGAAUAUGUUUGUGAUGUGUUUUGAGAGCACUCAGCACUACUUCAUAUGUACUAUCACCCAGCCAUUACAGCCAACAAAAAAGUGUACAAUAAUUCUAUAGCAGAGAUGUGAAAAUCCAGUCCUACUUAUCUAUCAGAUUCAAGGAUUAGAACUGAACACCUGUGUUUUAGAGAAUAAAAAAAGAUUGUAUGAUUCUAGGUAUGAAAUUUACUGAAAUCCCUUAUUUUACCUUAUGUAUUCAGCAUGAUAGCAGCAUUAAAUUGGUACAAGCGUCUAAAAUGUUCAUCACCUGUUUUAUCACUGUAAAUUAUUUUUUAUGUCGCUUCUUUUACAUAUUUGUAUGUUAUGAAAUAUUAAAUAUAAAAAAUAUAAAUUUA